CGGGACGAAAGACGGUGAAGCGCAAAAACUAAAAGUGAUGCUUGUGAUUGUGAGAACUGGUGGAUAUCUCGAUAUGCUUGGCAUUGUAAUUAUAGGCUGGGCUGCAGGCGGGCACGCAGGGCAUGGCACCCCUGAAAAAGCCGUCCGUGCUCACUCAGCGCUGCAGCUGCCGGCCGGUGGACGUCAGGCGAGGCCAAACGGCUAAUCUAAUCAAUUUCGCGACAAGACAUCUGGAACAGCACCUCUUCAUGCAACUGGACAUCAGUCGUUCAACGAGAUAACGCCGUCUGCGCUGCUUCGAGUUGUGCUCGAGAUGCAGCCAAACAGACCAUGGAUUUUUGGUCGCGCCUCCUAGCACACACGCCGCUGUCGUCGGCAAGCUCCCGGAAGGACUUCGCAAAGGAUCCUGCCCGUCGCCUACACCGUUUCGAGAAGGAAUACAGUCAGCUAUUGCACACAUGGCGUCACUCCUCCAACCUCGCCCACGAUGAUGAAGCCGCCGAACAAAUCGAGAUCAGACUCCAAGAAUUGACAAGUCUCCUCAGUGACGAGUCCAGACGUCCCCUCCCACAUCCAUGUAUUUCCUUUGCUGCUGCAAAGCAAGUUUAUAUCCCGGUGGCCAAAAUCGCCACCAGCUCCUACAACGAAUGGAUCAUCAAGGAGGCAGUGCUCUUCUUCGCGACGCUGAUCGAAAGCGAGGAGGAAGCCUUUGUGGAGAACGACAACUUCUCCGGCAGCUUGACGAACCUGCUGGUGCGCAUAACUGGCGCAAACAGCAUACGCCUCAGUGCCGAGAUUGAGGCCCGUAUCGUUGAACUGGCUUUCAACAUCACGACUAAGAUCCGUCUGAAUCCCGAGAUACUGCCCGCCUGGUUCAAGUCCCACCACCACGGUCCACAUGAUGCCAAACAUGUUGACGACCAUGAUAAGUUCACGGGGAAGACCCAAAAACAGGACUUCCCCCUCUUUUAUCUGUUGAUGGACUACAUCCAUCAUGAGGGCAAGGUGGGUGACUUUGCCAGGACCGGUCUGCUUUAUAUCAUCGAAGCGGCAUCAAGCUCGGUUCUGCUCGAACAGUGGAUUGUCGAGAGCGAUUUGUCAACGCUCAUGGCCACGGGAUUGGGCGCUCUGUAUAGUCAACUGAGCCGCAAGCUCGUGAUCGACCACCCAAGCAACGAAGUGCCCCCUUGUCUUGCAUUAUCUGACUACGAACAUCCGAAAUCAAACUACGAGAUUGUGAGCUCCUGCUCACCCGAGUUUUUAUCUCAUGUGGACACAUUUCUCUCCCAUCUGCUCUUCUGGCAGGAUGUUCUGAAUCAUUGUAAGUCUGUCGAAGUCAAAUCGACCUUGUUGGAGCACUUCCAAGUCAUCUUUCUGCAGCAACUUUUAUACCCUUCGCUGCUUGAGUCUUCCGAUGUGGACGGUGGCUCGUCGGUGGCCGUCUUGACUUAUCUUCGCCGCAUUUUGGAAUCUGUUGAUCAUCCCGACAUGAUCAACCUCAUUCUUCAUUACCUUCUUGCUUUACCCGACGUUGUAUCGCCCGCACCUGCUGAUUCUGGCGACAUUGUCAGCGCUGCUCGGAAACGGAAAUCACUGGACCUGGCUACCAUGAUGGCCUCCAAAAGCGAGGAGGCAGCUGACCCCUUGCUCUUCAACCUUGUUGACCUUAUACGCGCCUGUCUCCGUUCUCAGAAUCAUCAAACUGUUCAUGUGACUCUCCAACUUGUAUCGACGAUUCUUAAGAGACAUCACCGAUACGCAGUCACCACACUCCUCGACACAGAAGGUGUGCUCGAUGAGUCUCACCACCGAACAGCCGGAGCCCAGGCGCAAGAAAUUGACUAUCUGAUGGCAUUGGCUGGUACCAUUGGCGGCGAUGACAUUUUUAACGAGCUCUACGAGAACCUACUCAGGGACACAUUGGGACGUGUAGAAAACCACCCCUGCUCAACGCCGUUGAUCACGCCCAAGACUUCAACAAAUAACCACCAAUUACCCGCCGUGCCAGACAGUCUUCCCAGUGCACCUCGGAGCGUCCGAUCACAUACCCUUCGCCCAGAAGACCCUCUACUAAACAUAAUGCUUGACCGGCUGGAAACGUUUUUCACCAACCCGGUAGAAACCAACCUAUGCCUGACGGAAGCCGUUAUCGACCUUGCUGUGUGCGGCUACAUGCAUCUAGAAGGGUGGUUCUUGAGAAGCCCACAAAGCUACCAUUUCGACGAGGAUGACGAGGAAGACGAGGAGCUGCCUCUUCCUGACCCGUCCCUGGAUCCCGAGUCCCAGGAAUACGCCGAAUACGUCCAAAUGCAGCAGCUGAAGGAGUGCCGGCGGCGUCCCAAGUGGAACCAGUCAAGCCUUCCCCGCUUGCUCAAGGUUCUCCAGCUUCUUUGCGACCAGGUUGAGGCAUACCGGGAGCAAGUUCCACGAUUUGAUGACCUGCUUCAGCAACGCCGAGAGGCUUUCCAGAUUGCUGAUCACGCUCCUCCUAUUCCUACCCCGUCCCGGGCUAGAACCCCGUCUUCCCAAGCACCGACAGUCGCGGGCACACCGUCCAUUGAAAAGGGCAUGUUUGACGAGGCUCGCAACCCAUCUAGGGAGCGACCUUCUGGCCUCGAGGUGUUUGCCCAGCGCAUAUUGUCUGAGCUCGGUACACCCAGUCGCUCGGGCAGUCCCCGUGGCAGGAAGGAGACCAGACGGGUGGCUUCAGAACGGGUUGUACCGAUGAACGAUGCCACGCUUCUCCGGACACCUAUCCCCAACCGGUCCUUCUCGCCCACCAGCGUAGCAAGUGCCCCAGCGCCUAUAUCGUGGGAUAACCGGGGCGAUAUCCUCAACUCGCAAGCCAAGGCUUUCCAGGCGAUUGAUCAGAGUAUCUUGGCGAGGAGGAUUGGAAUCCCGGAGGUCAAGCCGCCAGUGGAUCCAAUUACAUUGAGCUAUGAUAGGAAACCAGCUACUGUCUCGGCCGACUCUGCGGAGGGCGGGGAGGAUGCAUCUGAUGACGCUGAAGGUGAAGGUGAAGGAGGCGGGGAGGAUGCAUUGUUGGCACCGUCUGAGGACGGGGAGACGGAUGCGGGGACCGUCGUGGAGGAGAAGACGGUGUCGGUAUCACAUGUGCUGACGAAUGUGGUGCUGCUGCAGAGCUUUUUGUUUGAGAUGGCGAGCGUGGUGCAGGUGAGGGCUGGGUUGUUUGAUGAGGUGAGGUAUACUUGAAGGAAGGGGUAUAUAUGUUUGAGGUGAGUAGGCACAGCAUGGGGCAACAACAGUCAGUCGGGGGAUGAAUUGCAUUUGUAUGGCGUCUAUUUUAUCACAAGGCCCGUUUAUAUCACUAGUAACUUUUUAUUGCUUGGCGGUUUUUGAUCAUCUUUAGUUUUCUAGUCGUUUAUGUAGAGAGAUGAGGCAUAUAUACUUCUUUCACCCUCAGGUGGUAAUGUACUGCGGUUGCAUGUUCCAUUGUACUUCAUU